AUAGACCGAUUGAGGAUGAAACAAAAGAAUAAUUUUCAGUAUUAUUAACACAACAAUGACUAACGCUGAAUCCAACUGAUUCAUAAACCUCAUCAGUCACAUUUUAUCGACAGCCAAAGAUAAGAUUACUUACAUGGAAUAAUGUAGAUAUAAGUCGUGGCACGGAUAUUGAGUCGCAAUUCUAACAAAGAAAAUUCAAUCGUGUUUAGUUUAGGCUGGAAUCUUUUAUAAGUUUGUCUAAAAUGAGUAAAUAUCCUCCGCCGCCGGGCUCUAUGUCCGGGAAUAACCCACCGCCAUAUUACGCCGUUCCCCACUGGCCACCGCAUCCGUCCCAUCCCCCACACUAUCCUCCGCCGGACCCGAACCACCCUCACCCCCCUGGAUACCCUUACUACAUGCCGGGCACUGUGAUGAUUCCAGUACCCCUGGGAGCAUACCCGCUUCCGGCCAACGAUCCACCACCACAGCCCACAUACGUCACCAACUAUAUCUACAAUGGCGAACCAAGCAGCGGCCCUCCAGUGGAAAGCCAAGUCCAUGUCGUAGAAUCAUCGGGAGAUUUCGAUUGGAUACCAACGACAGCGACCACAGCUCACAACUUGUCUGGCAAAGCUGUUCUCGGAGGGCGGGAAGGGUGGGACGGGAGUCCUCUAUGGGUGAUCAGAGCGUGGCAUUGCGGUGACCUGAUCCCCGGGAAGCUGUCCGUGAGGCACAACACCGCGUCAGUGAUGUACAAUGGGAAAGAGAUUUCCGUCCAAAACAUCGAAGUCCUGUGUGCGAAGCCUGAAAACUUGAGGUGGGUGCCUGCCUCUAACGGGAACAUACCUCCUGGAGCAAUCGCUGGUGGUCGCACGGCCAAUGGUGAAACCCUGUACGUGGGCAGAGCUAGAUACCAGUUGUCUAUUACACCUGGCAAAGUGCACCCGAGUCACAAGAGCUGCUACAUUGGAUUUGGAGGCAACGAAGUCUCCGUUAACGUAUACGAUGUUUUGUCAAGGAUUUAGAAGUUGUCUUUGCAGUGUAGCAGUGUUAUGGACUCGUUAAGAUUGGGAACUAAGUGAAAUUGUGGAUUGGUGCCGUGGGUGGUUAAGGAAUCAAGUGGACAUUUGAAUAAUAGCAUACUGUCUGUAAAUUUUCCAUUAAAUAAAUAAAUACUAAAAAGAAAACAUAAAGAAAUAAUUUAACAAUUUGUUCCUGUGAGAAUGUGAGACUUCAACUUGGGUAGCAUUCGGGUAAGAACUCUAAAGAAGAUAAAUGUUCCUCCUAUCCCGAGUGUUAUACAGGGUGUUACAGAAUUCCGAAAUAAAAAUUUGUAGGAAUCUGAGCGGGGCGCAGGGGCGCCUGGGGGAGAGAGGGGGGUCUGUUUAGAUAGUAGUAAUCGUACGCAUUUAUAGGGUUGUUGUCAUAGGCAGGUGUGAAACGAUAUUUUUAUUAAUUUAAUCAGAAAAUAAAAGUGGUCUGAAAGGCGUCAAACUUUUGUAGGUAAUUCUAUACAAGGAACACAACCAAACCCUAAAGUUUUAUUUCGGACUUUUGUCACACCCUGUAUAAAGAAAAAGAAUAGGGAAAAUCUUUAAAAAGACGUUGAAAAAGUAUUUUUGUAGCAUAUUAUGCGACAACACUGCGAAUGGUAAAUUGAAAAUUUGUAGUUUUCUUAUCGCGUUAUUUUUAUCGUGUACAUGCUGAUAAAUAAUAUACACGUCGGACUGCUGAUUCCAUUUGUUUUCAUUUCACAAUAUUUAACACGAGUAACAACUUUUGUUGUUUUUUGUAACCUUUUCUAUGAAAUAGGUCAUCAACAUGAUCAUCAUCAUCAUCAUCAACAGCCUAUCCUAGUCCACUGCUGGACAUAGGCCUCUCCAAAUGCAUGCCACUCAGAUCGAUCUUGGGCUACUCACAUCCAGCUCCUGCCAGCCACCUUGCGCAAAUCGUCACUCCAUCGUGCCUGAGGACGUCCUACACUACGUUUGCCUAGACGCGGUCUCCACUCCAGAACUCGUCUACCCCAACGGUUAUCGGUUCUUCGGCAAAUAUGGCCAGCCCGCUGCCACUUCAACUUGCUUAUCCGGUGGGCUAUGUCGAUAACUUAGGUUCUAUUUCGGAUUACCUCAUUUCUGAUGCGAUCCUUCAGAGAAACGCCGAGCAUAGCCCUUUCCAUAGCGCGCUGAGCGACUUUGAACUUGUGGAGCAGCCGUACCGUCAGUGUCCACAUCCCGGCUCCGUAUGUCAUCACAGGUAGGACGCACUUAUUGAAGACUUUCGCCUUUAGGCACUGUGGGAUCGACGAUGUCAGGACUUGACGUAGCUGCCCAAACGGUGCCCAACCUAGCUAAAUUCUUCUAUUCACCUCGUCCUCAAAGUUGUUUCUACCUAACUGCAAUGUCUGUCGGGCAGACAUUUAGAGUUGGUACCUACAUGAUCAUAUAGCUCAUUAUUUCCACUGGGGCACAAGCUUUACUUAUGCAUGGCAUAGGGCCAUCACCCAUCACGCGGUUUCAGUGCGGAUUCGUGGGUGCUAACGACUGCAGAUUAAGCCUUGACCGAAAGCUGAACUUUGCUGGUGAUGGAUUCGUAUACACCCGGGCGAUCUUCUUGAGCACCUACUAUAGACAAGGUAGCCUGCGCAGUAGCGAUUUCACAUACAAGAACGUUUACUGCGCAAUUUUAUUUGUCUCUGGUUUUGCUCAAAAAAUAUUCCGUUACCUAUAACAAAAAGCCUAAUAUAGCUAUAAUCUAAUUUUAUCUGAUGGAGGAUUGUGAGAUUUAUCAUCAUUAUCAACAGCCUAUUAAUGUCCCCACUGCUGAAGCACAGGCCUUCCCUAUGGAUAGAAUAGGGAGAUUGGACCGUGACACACGACGCGGGCCCUGUGCGGAUUGGCGGGUGCUAUCGACUGCAGGUGCAGCCGGGACCAACGGCUUAACGUGCCUUCCGAAGCACGGAGGAACUCGAGAUAGAAGAUUUUUGGUCACCCAUCCAUUGACCGACCAUUGCGAAAGUUGCUUAACUUCAACAAUCGCAGCCGAACGCGCUAACCACCUGCGCCGUCGAGCUCCUCGGUCGAGAGAUUUAUUAUAAUUUAGUUUAAAAGUUUAUUUGUAGUAGUGUAGUGUUAGUAAAAAUAAAGUUUAUUUGGAGAAGAAGUGCA